AUGACGUCCAUCCUCUCUGCUCUUCUCUGCCUCGGGAUGAGUCUGGACCAAGGGACCGGUAUGCAGGCAGAGAUCCUCUCCAAACCCAUCCUCUGGGCUGAGCCGGCCUCUGUGAUUCCGUAUGGGAGCCCUGUGACCCUCUCGUGUCAGGGGACCCUCGAUGCCAAAAAGUUCUACCUGUAUAAGGAAAGAAAACGUUUGCUUUGGAACACGCAGACCCGAUGGGAUCCCACGAACAGGGCCAAGUUGUCCAUCAAACAGAUGAACCAGGACUUUGCAGGAAUAUAUCACUGUUACUAUCACAGCCCCACAGGCUGGUCAGAGCCCAGCGACUUCCUGGAGCUGGUGGUGACAGGAUCCUACAGUAAACCCAGCCUCUCAGUCCUGCCCAGCCUUGUCAUGACCUCAGGAGGGAACGUGACCCUCCAGUGUGGUUCAGGCCAAGGAUUUGAUGGAUUCAUUCUGACUAAGGAAGGAGAACACAAGCUCGCCUGGUCCCUGGACUCUCAGCCACAGCCCACUGGGCAGUUCCAGGCCCUGUUUCCUCUGGGCCCCCUGACCUCCAUUCAGAGGUGGACGUUCAGAUGCUAUGGCUGUUACAAGAACGUGCCCCAGGUGUGGUCACACCCCAGUGAGUCCCUGGAGCUCCUGGUCUCAGGGACCCUCCCGAAACCGACCAUCUGGGCUGAGCCAGGCCCUGUGAUCCCCUGGGGGAGCCCUGUGACCAUCUGGUGUCGGGGGACCCUAAAGGCUCAGGAGUACCGGCUGUAUGCAGAUGGCAGUCCUCGGACCCUCUGGAGGCCCCAGCCCUCAAACCACAGGGCCAACUUUGACAGCUAG